AUGUUUCAACAAAGGACGAGCUCUCAAAAGCCGGGGGAUGAGCUACUAGCAAACUUUCGCCAGCAGUUCCCCGACCUUGCUGCUGCCAGCACGUCGUCUACAGCGCCAGGUAUUUCGCAAACUACCGGUGCCGAAAACGCUCCCGGCCUACCACUGCCUGAACGACAUAAUCUUAGUCAAGAUGCAUUCCGCGACCAAGAUCCAACUCCAAGGGCCACCAACGAUCCUUGGAGGUUUACCCCCUCUCUUCUAGAUCCUAACUCCAUAUCUUUCGCCAGCUUUGCCAACGCCCCUCCUGGGUAUUACACUCCCACCCCCGGAGGCAAUAACACCCUGUUCCACCCUCAGGCUGGUGACUUGCACACGCCGACGAUGGGUCUAGGCAUGGGCUUGAACACACCUCUAUCUAUGCCUACAUCAGGCGACUCUAUGCACCCAGGCGCUGCUCAACCAGUUAUGGACAUGUCUGGCUUCCAGGCAUUGCAGCCGCAUCAAUUCCACCACUUUAAUCCCUUCAUUCAAGCACCUCCGCCUCAGCCAACAUUUGCACCAUCGAGCUUUGUGCAUCAAGAUACAGGCUACGAGACCAUGGACCAGGAUGGGUCGCCGAUGGACUCGGAUCCUUCAGAAGAGCGCAUGUCCUCCAUUGGUGCCACCCUUCACAAAAACACACCCAUGAUGAGUCUGCAAUCGCGGCAGUUCUCAAGUGGUCAUAUGUCUCAUCCACUCCCUGCGUCGGCUGAGAAGUUUCGAUUCCAUUCAACUCUAAAUGCCCCUACAGCCAUGAUCAAGCAAGCUGAUGAAAUUCCUGUCACUUAUCUCAACAAGGGGCAGGCUUACUCGCUUUCUGUUGCUGACACCAAUGCCACUAUGCCUGUUGCGCCUGGUACCAAAUACCGUACCUUUGUGCGCGUAUCCUUCGAAGAUGAGCAACAACGACAACGGCCAGGUGUCUGCUGGGGUCUUUGGAAGGAAGGCAGAGGCACCAAUGAGGCCCACCAAAGAGGUGGAAAGCUCCAAGCGGUUGAAUAUGUGGAGGCAGGUCAGCCGGCCGAAGGUGAUGACAAGAGAACUCGUGUGGAGCUAGAGUCUUCUUCCUUCGACGGGUUCUGCGUUACAUGGACGCCUGGUAUUAACGGUCCUCCCGAGGUCAACAUCGCAGUUCGCUUCAACUUUCUCUCCACCGAUUUCAGCCAUUCAAAGGGUGUCAAGGGCAUUCCCGUAAGGCUCUGCGCAAAGACUCAUCCUAUCCCUUGCGACCCCUCACAACCAGCCGCCGAUGCCAACCCUGAAAUCUGCUACUGCAAGGUCAAGCUUUUCCGCGACCACGGCGCUGAGAGAAAGCUUUCAAAUGAUGUAGCACAUGUCAAAAAGUCUAUCGAUAAGCUUAAGCAGCAAAUCGCUCAGGCUGAAAGUGGUUUGAAAGACUUUGGCAAGCGAAAACGAUCCAGUGGCGCUGCGAAGAUUGGAGAGCCGCAGCGACCCGGCAAAGUACAAAAGCACAAGCGAACAUGGUCCAUGUCUUCAGCUAGUUCUGCUGGAGGUGGCGCGAGAGUGACUAUGGAGGAAGACUUACACUUCAAGCUUCAAACUCUGCAAGACAUGUUUACCAGUACACGCCCUGUCAGUGUACUGUUCCUUAGGGGUGACGAGCCUGACGACCCUGACCUACACCCAGUAUCCCUUCCUGGAGAUAUUUCACCCCUGACCAAGCCGGGAGAAGGUCCUAACUGGCAGGCCAGAAGCGGGCGAAGCUCUGCUGCAGGUUCUAUGAUAUCCCCUUCGCCUAGCUCCUUGUCACUAGUAUCGCAGGCGUCUGGUAUUGGCGCAGGCAAUCAAUGGAAGAACUUCGACUCCGUGCCGGGCGGUGAAGUGUCACGCAAGGGCUCUGAGCAACCCACAAGGAUCAACAAAGGCGACGAUGAUGGCAGCCUCAGUGGAUGGAUUGAGGCCCUUGGCGUCGACGCAUCCUAUCGACCACCCCAGGAUCGCAACCCGAAACCCGUGGCAUGUUUUUACAUUCAACAGCGAAGCUCAAACGACUCCGGAAAUUCUGGUUACCACCGUGCCAUUUACAUGAUGCAGCGUACGCUUCAGGAGCUCAACGACCGAAUUGCAGCCAAGUGGGGUAUCGACUCUUCCCGAAUCCUACGCACGAUUCAUUCUAUUCAAAACGGCCUUGAGGUGGAGAUGGAUGACGAUGUGGUUCAAGAGCUCAAGGAGGGCCAAGAUAUGACUCUUGAGAUUCAAGAGGUCACCGGGCAAUCUGCAGUCAAGAGGGAGUGGGAAAUGGCCGUGGAUCCUGUCGAAAACAUCACGGAGCCCAACGACAAGUCACAAAGCGGUUUCGUCCUUCGCCUCACUUUCUAA